CAAAAACAAAUAAUAAUAAUAAUAAUAAUAAUAAUAAUAAUAGGUCAUCCUGUUGAGUGUUACAGCACCGACUUGAUGCGGAAACGCAGGUUGAAACGCGGAUGUUGUGGCGCCUGAAGGCAACUGGAGCGCGCGCGCCACAUUUCCACUCAGAUUAAAAUUUCGCAGCGCUUAUGGGCGUAGUGACAACAAUGCGCUUUUCAGACGACAUUGUGACAUGGUGACAUUGCGAUAGGUCGUAUCGGAGGGUGGAGAGUAAUCUCACAGUGAGCUCACUUGGAAAGGGUGACCUGAAUAUUUCUCUGGAAUCGUAUCGACGGCUAGAAACACUAUGAACGGCGCUAGAGGCUUCCUGCGACUGCGACGCUAUUAUUCCAGUGGUCUAAGAGUCACAUAUCACAGGACGCUGGACAGAAUCGAGCUUAUGCUUCCACCCAAACUGAGACCUCUGUACAACCACCCAGCAGGACCAAAGACAGUUUUCUUCUGGGCACCUGUUUUUAAAUGGGGCUUGGUUGUUGCAGGUUUUUCUGAUCUGACACGUCCACCAGAAAAGCUGAGUGUCUCCCAAUCAGGUGUCAUCACAGCCACAGGCUUCAUUUGGUCACGGUACUGCUUGGUGAUCAUUCCUAAGAACUGGGCACUCUUUGCAGUAAACUUCUUCUUGGGCUUAUGUGGAAGCACACAACUCCUGAGAAUCUGGAGGUACAAUCAGCAGUUAAAGCAGAAAGAAGAUGAAGUGCAACAGUCCUGAAGCUGAAAGGAACACAGUUUACUGGAUACCAUCAUGAAUUCAGUGAAACAGUGUGAAAAACUAAAGGGAGAGAGAUUUAUAACAAUGUAUAUGGUUUAUUGGUUUUUAUUUCUUAUUGCAAAUGUCAAGAAUCCAUAUGUUACAUCAUUACAUCAUUAACUGCCAAGAAAAGCAAAAAACAGAAUGUAUCAAAUGUCAUGUAUAACGUCUUCAGUGACAGUAGCAGUGCCACAAACACCCUAAAGAAUUCUUAAUAAACUGCUUAAUUUCAUUCAAA